UUUCAAAAUUGAAAAUUUAAACUUUUUAUUUAUUUAUUGUAAAUGACCUCUUGCGGCCCACCAGGGCCCGCAGCCCACACUUUGGGAAUCGCUGCCCUAGUUAAUCAGUGAUCGGGUCCAAACAUUGACAUCUUUGCUUCCUCUGUCUCGGAAGCCUCCUAUCGGCACAGGAAAAAACUCCCCCCAGAAACCCCUCCUACGGGGAGAGAAACGGGGAGGGACAGUGGUGGAUGUCUUGUGUACAGACCUAACCAUGUAAGAAGUUACAAUAGGUUCAAUGCCUAUGACAGAAAUAGUUUAAAUAUUGAGAGUAGCAAGAUACCUUCUGGGGGGAGUUUCUCCUGUGUCCAUGUGAGAUUUUUGGGGCAGAGGACGUUUUAUGUGUCUGUAAACGUACACAACACACACGACUACGUGGGGACCGGUUUGGGUCUCUGCUGCGCUGCUACAAGCGCUGCGACAUAUGCACAUAAUGGGAAUUCCCCCCUGUUAUAAGGGGAGGGGAAACACUGAACAGACUGGUGAUGGUGGAGUAGAACAGGACCAGUAGCUCCUGAGAGAAGUUCAACUUCCCGAGCUGUCGCAAAGCGCAAAUCAUCGUCCGUGAUUUAGGAUGGCGUCAUGCUAAAGCACGGUAUUAAUAGCGUUGUUUCCUCUAUUUAUGCAAUGUUGUGCAAACCGAAACGUUUUAAAACAUGAAUUUUUCUUUUACUUUUAUAUUUUAUUUAUAUUUUUAUGAAAAUAUAUUUUCUAUAUCUACACAUUUUAUUUUCUAAAAAAUAUGAAACUUCCUAGGUGUUUUUAAUUUGACACCAAAUUUAUUUCCGAUUAUUCUAACGGGAGGCACAGUUAAUUUCUUUUUCGAAGUUUGAAGUUGCAACGUUUGACGCUGCAGCUUGAAGCUUGAAGCUUGAAGUGUUUUGUAUUCAUAUUUACAGUAUACUUACCGUUAAUACACACUCACCGGCCACGUUAUGAGGUCCACCGUGCUCGUAGAAGGUUGGACCCCAUUUUGCCUUCAGACCUGCCUUAAUUCUUUGUGGAAAACUUUCAACACCAGGUGUUGGAAACAUUUCUCACUCCCCCCGUAGGCCUCUUCAGCCCAACAGAUUUGAGUUUUUUGUAUGUGCAGUAUGUUUCAUCCUGCCUACACAUGUCCUCAGAGCGGCUGAUGUAUGAUGUCAUCCAGGUGAGCAGCAGCAGCUUGAAAACACUCCCAUCAGUGCAGUCAAAGUAGGACUGUAGUUCCAGCUUUGCCUCGAUGGUCCAUCUCUUCACAGUCUUGACCACAGGCUUUUCAAACAAACCAUUGUUAUGUAGAAAGUUAUCAAACUGGUUUGUGACUGUUUUCUCAAGGACCUUAGAGAGGAAGGGAAGAUCAGAGACGGGUCUGUAGUUAGCCGGCACCUCUGAAGCAAGAAGAGGUUUAAUUACAGCUACGUUGAAGGACUGUCAACAGAGACAGAUUCAUAAUAUCCAGUAGACGUGCUAACUAAAGGAAAAACUUCCUUAAGCAACUUAGACGGAAUCAGUUCCAAGAGACAAGUAGAACAUUUAGACUACAGCAGUCAGUGUAUCAAGGUUGAUGGGAGAGGAACCAUCAAGCAGGUCAUUAAAAAUGGUGAUACAGUGGUAAAUUAUAAUUUGAGAACUGAUUUGUGGUUGUAACAUGCAUUGUGAAUACUCUCAGCCCCACUGUAGCACCUUCUCCAUAAAUAGUACAAUGACUGCUUUGGGAGGCAGCAAGCAGAUCUCCCCUCCUGUACAACAUCAUCAUAAUCAAGUCCCACUGUGGAAUCCCCCUCCUAUGGAUCAUCAACCUCCUGACAGCAGUGAGGAGGCUGGUGAGGAAUUCCUGAGGUGCAUUGCAGCCAAUAAGCCUCUUCCAGACUAUCUCAAAGGAAACAUGGCAGACAACCUGGCUGAGGCCUUUAACUCCACAAAUGUCCUGAAAGACAUCCUCAAAUCAAACCCUGAGUUCCAGAAGCAUGCGGCCAGGAGCCGUAGUCGAAGCCGUGGGAAGUCUCGUGUGAAGAGUCCUGCACGAAGCAACAGCCGAGCACGAAGCAGAGUAAGGAACAAAAGCCGUGAGCGGGCCAAGAGCCGGGCCAGGAGCAGAAGCAGGAGCCGGGCCAGGAGCAGAAGCAGGAGCCGGGCCAGAAGCAGGAUCCGGGCCAGAAGCAAAAGCAGACCCAGAGGCAGGGCCAGAAGCAAGAGCCGGCCCAGAAGCAAAAGCAGGCCCAGAGGCAGGGUCAGAAGCAGAAGCAGGGCCAGAAGCAAGAGCAGGCCUCGCAGUAGGAGUCUGAGCCAGAGCCGAAGCAAGAAUAUGAGUCGAGCGCGGAGCAAGAGCCGGGCCCGAAGGUCCAGGUCACAGAGUAGCAGCAGUGAAAAAAGUCCUGGCAAAGACUCCCAGAGAAAGGGUUUUAGCGGCAAUACCAGUCUGACAAGGAAAAGCCUGUUGGAAGGACUGAAGCUGGUCAUGAAAAGCAAAGAGCUGGAAGAGCGGUUGCCAACCCUCAAAGAUGCCAUCCUCACUAUUCAGGCCUCAGAUAAAAGCAAAAAAGUGGAUUGUGUGCCUAACGAGCAGAGACAUCGGCCGUGCAACAGUAAUGAGAACUCAACAUCGUUGGAAAAUGACAGUAUGGUCCUUCCCCAUGACCGAGUAGGCAGUGACUUUUCUUGGCUCCAGGUGCAGAGUCAGGAGGACUCUGCAGUCCUGAAAGCAGAUGUGCUUGAGGAUGAAGAGUCAUUUUUGUAUGGGAAUGAAGACACAAGAGGAAAAGAGGCCAAAAAAUCCUCCACCACACUCUUUACACCAUUUCCCCAGAUCGGAGAGCUUGCCAAACCACGGGCGAUGGCUCAUUCAGGCAGUCAACAUCAUCAGUCCAGAUUCAGCACUUUUGGGGGUCCGCUUGAUCUGAAGCAGCCUCAAAUGACUUCCCCUAGUGUAGCCUCUGCCAAUCUGGACAGCAUUGAGUAUGAGAAGAUCAGGAACAUAUUAGAAAGUCUGGGCAAAGCAGACGUCAGCGAGAUCAUGGAUAAGAUGCAGGGGCUUAAGGAAGGGAAGCAACCGUCUCCUGCACGUCCUGCUGCAGCCUUGGCAUUGCCAGCACUGAGUCACCCCAAUGUGCGUCACGCUCUGGAGUCCUUACAGUCAUUGAUCAAAGUUACCAAAGAAAGGCGUGAAAAACGUGAUGCCAGUGUCACAUCUCAGACAUUCUCUGAUAGAUACAAGGCAGGAGACAAUGAGGAAACAAGAAACAAAAAACAAGCCAGAAUAAGACAAAUGGAAUCUUUGAUGAAAGAACUGGAAGGACUGUUGAAACAGGAUGGGUUGAGUUUUCUGAGUCCAGUAAUUGGGUUUUACUGCCAGAAAUGUGAAGAGUUCAUUGGAGAUCUGAAUAGUGCUGAAAACCACGCAGCCAUCCACUGCCAUAGUAACUCCAGCAGGAAACUGCCAAAGGACAAGCCCGCUGAAGACAUCAAGGGAACCUCUCGCCAUUUUAGCAACAGCACUGAGCACCCACACCCAUCAGACAGGAUGGCAUAUCACAUGGACCCCAGCUGGAGAGACGAAAGAGAUCAAAAAAGCGAGCGCCACAAAGACAGCAGAAGCCAAGGGGCGGGGCAGAACAGCGGCUCCUUGAAAGAGGAGAUGAGGACGGAGAGGAUGCUCAUAACGGUGUCCCGGGGACUGACUCCUCCUCCAGACGCCAGGGUCAAGGAGCAGAUGAACAAUGGGCCGAGCAAAGUCAGUGUGGAGGACAAGGCUGGCCAGGGAAAACCACCCAACGACAAAAGAGAUGAAGAUGAAAGCAGUGAUAUUAGAGGUGACGACAGAGGAAAAAAGCACAUAGGAAAAUCACCGAAAAAGAAGAAGGAAAAAAAGAAGAAGAAGAAGAAGAAGUCCUAAUAGUGAGAUUCAUGUCAUAUCCACGGCCUGAUGGGAUGUUGGCAUCUUGUGGCUCCCCAAGUAUUUCUAAACAACUUGUUAAACUUAGUUGAUUAUUUUUUAUUGAUGUGGUCAUCUUUGUGUAUUUGUUGCAGAAAUGGGUCCGACCUCUGGUUAGCAGCAUGUAACGUGCAGCUCUUCAUAGCGCUGCCUCCAGUGAUUGUGCCGGCUAAAGCCAAAUGUGAGCGACCUCUACUGGAUUGGAUGAAUCUGUUUUUUUUUUUUUAACAUUACCAAUUGAUAUGUAAAUGUGUGGUCCUCUAUAACUCAUGUCCUGGUUUCAUGUUCUAAAUCAAUGGUUAGAAUUGUUUUUGUAUUAAAUCCGCUCUCCAUACCAUUGCUACUGUGUGACUCUUUUCCAACAACAUUAAAGGAUUAGAAACGUGAUCUCUGUAUUUUGCAUCUAUUUCCAUUUUCUUACUUGUCUGCAUUUUCAUCUGAAAUAUAAAAUGACACACAA